AUGUCGCUCUCAUCGGAGUCACUCAAAGAUAUCAUCCAGGAGAGACUUCAGGCUUCGCUCGUCCAGGUUGAAGAUAUGUCUGGAGGAUGUGGCCAAGCAUUUGCUGUGAUCAUUGUGUCACCUCUUUUCAAAGGAAAGAAUAAACUAAUGAGACACCGGUUGGUCAACAACAGCCUCAAAGAAGAAAUCGCUGCCAUACACGCAUUUACCCAGAAGGGAUUCACGCCUGAGGAGUGGCAAGCACAAGGUGGAGCGCUCUAG